UUCUGCUGCACCUGAAGGACCACACCCAUAUUACACCAGCAGGGGGCAGCAGCUCCCUCUGUUUACCAGCUGUAGAGGGGAACAAGACCACAGGCACAACUGUUUUCUUGUUUACAGGCUUCAGAUAUAUACAAGCAUUUCAGUGAGGAGAUCCAGACCCGUCAGUACCGAUCUCUAGAGGUCCUGCUUAGAUCUGAGUACGGUCCGCCAGCUGACCUCUGGGGUGUAGCCUGCAUGGCCUUGGAGUCGCUCACUGGAGACUUGUUGUUCCACCCCAAAGCCGGCGAGUUCAUGUCCCUGGAGGAAGACCACAUCGGCCAAAUCGUCGAGCUCCUCUGCAGAAUUCCUCCAGAUGUUGUCCAGUCAGUCAAACAUUCAGCUCAAUACUUCGACCGAAGAGGUGAUCUCCGUCGUGUUGGUCCACUGAGGCCGUGGAGACUUUAUGACCUUCUGGUGGAGAAAUAUAACUUUCUACUAGAGGAGGCCUCUGAAUUCUCAAACUUCCUUCUCCGUAUGCUGGAUUAUCACUCAGAGAGAAGGGCAACUGCUGCACAGUGCCUUCAACACCCAUGGUUGACCUCCAGUUAACCUCCUGAAGACCCUAAAGGCCGUGGAAAGUUCUCUCAGCCAGAUGUUUUCAGCAGCAAGACCUCAACGGUUUCAGGGCAUUUUUGAAUUUUCACAUUUGGGGAAUUCCUGCUGCACUUAUUUAGCAUCAGAAAGAAAAUCUUCUCCACUUGAGCUUCAUGAGCACUUUAGGCUUUUUUUUUUCUCUCAUUUUCUUUAUUCUUCCUGAAUUUUGUUCUAGAGACCUUAGGUAUAAAAAUCUUUAUUGUCUUUACACUGAUAGACUUGAGCCUGAACUGUCAUGACCAUCAAAAGGUAUUCAUUCAUCCGUUUCAUUAAGUGUUCUUAAUAAAGGCUUUAUAUUUAGAUAC